UUCCGAGUGCGAGAGACGCGUGCAGCAUCUAGUAUAAAUAAUAAUAAAAAAUAAAAAAACAGAACGCCACUUGUUUUAGUUGUAAUUGACGUUUUGUUUAUAUUUUAUUUUAUAUAAAUAAGUGAUGAAAUCACACAAAUUGCACAAUGUGUGGUGGCUCGUUUCGACGCUGCUGCCAUUACUGAUGCUGGUUUCCAGCUCACAGAGCACGCCAUUGAACAUACAGGCAGCGACAGAGCCACAGCCACAGCCACAACAACUGGCGAAUUCCCUACUCGGAGAGCGACCCAUGAUUCUCAUCAAGCACAACGUGGAGCCGCAGCACUUGAAUGGCUAUAAUAUAAUACGCGAUCCGCAGGGACAGCCCUGUCUGACCAUCAGCUGGAAGACAAAUCCCGAUGGCAGCGGACCCCAAGAUCCGCAAAUCUAUGCAGUCGACGGAUAUUUUAAGUUGGUGGAACGUCCACAACCACAACCACAACCACAACCAGCCACACAAUCACCCAAUAAACAGUAAUCUACUUUAGUAAUUAACUUUGUGCAAAAGUCUGGGCAAAUAAUGCAACACACAGACAUACA